AUGGCAGGGGAGCGUAUAAAUAGCCCCCCCUCGGCCACUACUGGGUACGGUGUCUUGGCCUCAGAAGUCACCGAGUCGACGGAAACAGAAGCUCGUCCUUUGACACAUAUCAACACAGCUCAAGUCAACAUGGCGACAGCAACGACAACGACAACGAUACAGCGCAACCCCAAGGACUCGCUCAAGUCGACGUGGCGGCUGGAUCCGAACAAGGAUGGCUGGACCAUGGCGCACCACCUCUUUGGCUUCAUGGACAUUCACCAAUCGCUCCUCGACGUGCCGGUGCCGGUGCACCAGAAGAGCGAGCCGGUGCCGUACCUGCCCAACUGGCAGAUGAACGCCUUUGUGCUCUUCUGGGGCGCGAUGCCGCUGCUCGCGCACCAUGCGUUCCACAGCCUCAGCGGCGGCCGGGACGUGCACAUCGUCUUCGCGUACGCCUACUACGCGCUGGCCAUGGUAGCGUUUGCGGUGCAUGAGCUGCGGAUGCUGCGCCGGCUCGGGCACCGGUACGGCUACCUCGACGGCGACAAGCACGGCCGCGACGGCGUGCCCGACGCGACGGUCCAAAAGGUGGCCGACUCGCUGCUGCUGGCCGUCUUGUUCCGGCCGGCGGUGCUCAUCCUGCUCGCGUACCGCGCCGACCGCGCCCCGGCGUCGAUCAACCUGUACUGGCUGCCGCUGCAGGCCGCCGCGUACCCGAUCGUGACGGAUUUCUGGUUCUACUGGUACCACCGGCUGAUGCACGAGGUGCCGCUGCUGUGGAAGUUUCACCGCACCCACCACCUCACCAAGCACCCCAACGCGCUGCUCACCAUCUUUGCCGACACGGAGCAGGAGGUGUUUGACAUUGCCGUCAUCCCCGCGCUCGCCAUCCUGACCAUGAAGCUCAUCGGGCUGGAGCUCGACUUUUACGCCCUCUGGAUGUGCCACAUGUACGUCUGGUUCACGGAGCUGCUCGGCCACUCGGGGCUGCGCGUCCAUCUGCAGGCCGCGUCGCCCAUCUCGGGCCUGCUCGUCUAUCUCGGCAUGGAGCUGGCGCUCGAGGACCACGACUUGCACCACCGCACCGGCUGGAAGGGCAGCCACAACUACGGCAAGCAGUCGCGCGUGUGGGACAAGCUGUUUGGUACGUGUACGGAACGCAUCGAGUGCAAGGAGAACAAUGUCAACUAUGAUGACAUUGCCUCGUUCCCGCUGUUUUAA